AUGAGUAAUUACCACCAGAACUAUAGUCAUGGAAAUGGCGACCAGGAUCAAUAUAAUGGUGCUGGAAAUAAUCUGACCUCUGAAGAGGAAGAAAGAUAUUAUAACAAUGAAGAACACUUAGACACAAAUUACUAUAAUUACUCUGGCGCUGCGACAAAUCAUAACUACGGUCAGCAGUACGGUGCUAAUGAGCCGCCAUAUAGUGCUGCAAACACUGGAAUGGCUGAGGAUCGUUCCAAGUCAAGAAUCCCAUCGCGUAGACCUCCAAUACCACAGAAUACUUUAGAAGGGCAGUCGUAUGAGAAUUUUCUCAACUCGCAUCCUGACAAUCAUAUCCAAACUCCACAGCAGGCUUAUACAGAUGUCUUUGUCAAUAAUAAUCAACCUACUUCUUCAUAUCAGGUACUACCUGAGAUUAACAUUAUUCAAAAUACACCAAACCUUCUAAAUCAAACCAACAAUGCACAACCAACUUAUUUCAAUGAUACGGAGUAUUAUUUCAAUAAUGAUCACAGCGGCAAUAAUUUAAUAUCCAGUAAUAACAGUAAUAAUUAUUCGGCGAGCAUACUUUCAAAUGAAGAGGACACGAGACCUAUCCUAAAUCAAAACAACAUACCACUGCAAUCACAAGGAUAUGUAUAUGACAAUGAUAUUGAACGUAUCUAUGUGGACCAAAAUGGAGAUGAUUAUGAGAUAAAUUCAUACCUUGGCAAUCACGGUGAAAUGGUGGAUCCAUAUAAUCCAAAUUUAGAGCCUUUGGAAGAGGAAUUCCUGAUAGACCACAAGGAUCUUGGUGAAUAUGACAUUACAAAUGAGCGAUCAUUUGUAUCAUCAUCUUCUAGUACUUCAAUGGAGGAUGGAUACGAUGAGGAAGAUAAAAACAGGGGUCUCAAAAGAGCUGGAACUGAAGUCAGAAAAUUCAAACUUUGGAGAGGUAAUUUUGUGUUUGAUUCACCUAUUAGUAAGAGUUUACUUCAUUCUUAUUCUACGGGUGUCGCGAAUGAGGAUAUUUUAACAAAUGAAUUUAAAUUUAUGCGAUAUCAAGCAGUUACCUGUGAACCAAAUGAAAUGGCAAUCCGGAACUUUACCGUAAGACAGUUGAAGUACCUAAGGCCAAGGGAGACAGAGUUAAUGAUUGUCAUAACCAUGUAUAAUGAAGAUCACAUAUUACUUGGUAGAACGUUAAAAGGUGUCAUGGAUAAUAUACGAUACAUGAUUCGUAAGAGUAAUUCCACUCAUUGGGGGCCAGAUGCUUGGAAAAAAAUUGUUGUAUGUGUUGUAUCAGAUGGUCGUGCUAAAAUCAAUGAAAAAGCGCUGGCUUUGAUGAGUUCUCUUGGUUGCUAUCAAGAUGGGUUUGCGAAGGAUGAAAUUAAUAGUGAACAGGUUAAAAUGCAUCUUUACGAACAUACAACUAUGAUGAACAUUACGGAUGUCACUGCUGAGGGAUUGACGUUAUCGUGUGAUCAAACUACAGUCCCCAUACAACUUUUAUUCGCAUUGAAGGAACAAAAUCAAAAAAAGAUCAAUUCACACAGAUGGGCAUUUGAAGGUUUUGCUGAAUUAUUACAACCCAACAUUGUUACGUUAUUAGAUGCUGGUACAAUGCCUGGUAAAGAUUCUAUCUACGAACUUUGGAAAGAAUUUAAGGACCCGAACGUUGGCGGUGCUUGCGGUGAGAUUAAAGCAGAUAUCGGUAAAAUGGGCUCCAAAUUAUUGAAUCCUUUAGUUGCAUCACAAAAUUUUGAGUAUAAGAUGUCAAAUAUCCUAGAUAAGACAGGAGAAUCCAAUUUUGGUUUUAUUACUGUUUUACCGGGGGCUUUCUCGGCAUAUAGAUUUGUUGCUGUAAGAGGUGAGCCAUUAAAGAAGUAUUUCUAUGGUGAAACUCUAGAAAAUGAAGGUCUAAAAUUCUUUUCCUCAAAUAUGUAUCUUGCUGAAGAUCGUAUUUUAUGUUUUGAGAUAGUAACAAAGAGAGAUGCAAAAUGGUUAUUAAGGUACUCAAGAAGCUCUUCGGCUUCUACUGAUGUCCCUGAAAGAGUGCCUGAGUUUAUUUUACAAAGAAGACGUUGGCUUAAUGGUUCAUUUUUCGCUAGUGUUUAUUCAUUCUGUCAUUUUUAUAGAAUUUGGACUAGUGGUCAUAGUUUGGGUCGUAAGAUAUUACUAAAUAUUGAAUUUGCAUACCUAUUUUUCAAUACACUAAUGUCGUGGUUUUCACUAUCAUCAUUUUUCUUAAUUUUCAGAAUCCUAACCUUAUCGAUUGCAGUAUCGUAUGGUCAAGUUUUCCAGGUUUUAUCUGUCAUCUUCUUUUGGUUAUAUGGAUUUUCGGUUUUCACUACGUUUAUACUUUCACUAGGUAAUAAGCCAAAGAGUACCGAAAAAUACUACGUUAUGACCUUUAUUUUUUUUGCCAUAUUAAUGGUUUAUUUGAUAUUUUGUAGUAUCUUCAUGAUUGUGAAGACGUUUCAGGAUGUUUUGAAAGAUCGUAAUGUUACAUUCAAAGGUCUCUUUUCUGAAGAAACAUUUGCUGAUAUGUUAAUUUCCGUUUUAUCGACAUAUGGUCUCUACAUCGCCAGUUCCAUAAUAUGUUUGCAACCAUGGCAUAUGCUUACAAGUUUUGCUCAGUAUUUGUUACUAAGUCCAUCUUAUAUCAAUAUUUUGAAUAUUUACGCUUUUUGUAACGUUCAUGAUAUAUCAUGGGGUACUAAAGGUGCAGUGAGUAAGAAACCAUUGGGUAAGAUUAAUACAAAGGAGGAUGGUACUUUUAAGAUGGAGGUAUUAAUUUCAAGUGAAGAAAUUCAAUCGAAUUAUAGCAAAUACAUGAAUAUUUUGCAAAGCAAGGAUGCUAGUGUAGAAGAUGGUGGUAAUAACAAUGGUGGUGCAUUAACAGAAGAGCAAAAGACCGGAUACUACGCUAACGUUAGAUCACUGGUAAUCAUUUUCUGGGUACUCACGAAUUUUGCUAUUGUUGCUGCAGUACUUGAAUCAGGUGGUAUAAGUGAUUACAUAGCCAUGAGAGCAGCCACGAAAGUUACGGACGAUGUGAGUUCGGAAGAGAUAAUGAAACCGAUAUUAACAUCGAGAGCUACGGUGUACUUCAGUGUUAUUUUAUGGUUGGUAGCACUCAGUGCAUUAUUACGUUUUAUUGGUUGUAUCGUUUACAUGAUAAAGAGACUUUUAAGAAGAGUGACUAAUUUUUAA